GCGCUCGCUCACACUCACAUAUACACUCUCAGUCACUCAUACACAUCCACAGCCAGUUGGCGCUUUUGGCGCUCAAGUGCAGUUGACGCGCCGACGUGGAAACCAGUUAAACGCGUUGACUCCUAAGAAGCACAUCGUGCAGCGCUCGUGUGGGUUUUAACAAGCUACCAAAAAAAAAAAUAGGAAAUAAAAAAAAAUAAAAAAAGCACUAACGCUCUUUUUUUAACACAUAUACACGAGUGCGAGUCUAAAACCACCCUUACCGCUUUGGGGGUGGCUCUACCAUAAAAAAACUUCCCCUGCUGCCGAAUUUUGGGCGCAAAAACACUAAAUUUCAACUCAAAAACGCAAAACGCACUCAAACACAAGUCAAUGCCGGCUAAAAGGGAGUGUAGAAGGCAUUGAGACAGAGAGACGACGGAGAGAGAAAGAGAGAGCGAAACGAGUGUGUAAAAGACAGACAAAGACGGUACCCGCUGUACUACCGGCAAUACAUCCUCAACAUCAUCAUCAUUGUUAUUACUCGUAUCAUCAUCAUCAUCAUACUCAUAGAUCUAGAGAGUUAUCCUGACACAUUGGAUUCUUUCUUCCGUUGUCAGUUUCAUACGAAACACGAACGCGUUUGGACGCAGACCGGCGCAAUAAAUUCAAAACUAAAUGAAAAUUGAUGAAAUAUAGUUGGAAAAUAGUUGGAAAAUAAGAAAACUCUCUCGCAAGUGUUAUGACAAGUGUAGAACGAUUUUUAUGACAAUUUGACAAUUACGAAAUAUAUUGAAAAAGUGCAAGAAAACAUAGACAAACAUAUCCUAAACAAACACAUACUAUUUAAUACCAUAACAUACCAUAUACAUUGAGCUGUCCUGUGCUGUGAAAAUGGUUAUGUCGGAGCUACGUUGGCACACUGCUAGUAACGAGGAUAAUAACAAUUCCUUAAAGCAUGAUUUGCUAAAGAACAUGAACAUGAACAACAACAACAACAACAGCGCCAGAGACGCUGCCGUCCACAUGAUGCAGAAUCGAUAUAUCAGUCGCCUGUCUCGCUCGCCAUCGCCGCUGCAAUCGAACGCUUCGGAUUGUGAUGACAACAACUCGAGUGUCGGCACCUCCAGCGAUCGUUGUCGAUCUCCGUUGAGUCCGGCAUUGUUGUUGACGCAGCAACAGGCGAAGCGUCAAUUGCUGUCAAUGCAGCCACAUCCGGCGCAUCAUCAGCAUCACAACAAUCACAACCAUCAGGUGUAUAAGUUGGAGCAACCCGAUGAGGAUUACGAUGAUGCCAAUGGUGGGGCACUCAACUUGACCAGCGACAACUCGCGACACAGCACACAAUCUCCGGCGAAUUCGGUCAAGUUGCACGUAAAUUCGCCGGUUAAUUCGCCAGUUUCACCAGUGAUUUCACCGGUGAAUUCACCGGUGAUUUCGCCAGUGUUGCCACCGAGUGUGGCCACGCCCACCUCAAUUGCUGCUGCUGCCGCCGCCGCUGCAGUUGCCACCACAGUGGCAAGUGGCAUGCAACCAAUGCUGGCACUGCCGGGUCUCUCCUCGCCACAGGCUCAAUUCGCCGCCGCAGGCUUGGGCUUGAAUAAUCCUCUGCUUACGGGCUCCAUUUCGCCGCAAGACUUUGUGCAGUUGCAACAGUUGUUGCAGCAACGUCAGGUGGCCUUGCAACAGCAGUUUAAUAGUUAUAUGGAGCUGUUGCGCAGUGGCACGCUGGGUGUGACACAGGAUGAUCCGGCACUUGCCACACAGGUGGCAGCCGCACAGUUCCUCAUGCAGAGCCAGUUGCAAGCACUCGCCCAGGCCACACAGCAGUUGCAAGCGUUGCAGAAGCAACAGGAGUCCGUCUCGCUCUCGCUCUGCAAAUCGCCGCUGUUGCAGCCACGCAGCUCCACGCCACAUGCCACACGGAGUCCGCCCGUGCAAUGCGUGCGCAGUCCGGCAAGUUCGCCGUUGCAGCAACAACAACACUUGCAACAUCCGUUGCACAUAACGCCACCAAAUUCCGCGGCCAGCUUGAAAUUGAGUGGCAUGUUGACGCCGAGCACACCCACAAGUGGCACGCAACUUCAAACACCGCAGCCCAAGACGGUGGCAAGCGCGGCAGCUGCACGUGCCGCCGGUGAACCCUCGCCGGAGGAGACCACCGAUCUGGAGGAACUGGAACAAUUCGCCAAGACCUUCAAACAACGUCGCAUUAAACUGGGAUUCACCCAGGGAGAUGUCGGUCUGGCCAUGGGAAAACUCUAUGGCAAUGACUUCUCCCAGACGACAAUCUCUCGUUUCGAGGCACUUAAUCUGAGCUUCAAGAACAUGUGCAAGCUGAAGCCGCUGCUCCAAAAAUGGUUGGAUGAUGCGGAUCGCACAAUUCAAGCCACUGGCGGAGUCUUUGAUCCGGCCGCAUUGCAGGCGACAGUCAGCACGCCGGAAAUCAUUGGCAGGCGUCGCAAGAAGCGCACCUCGAUUGAGACAACUAUUCGGGGAGCCCUCGAGAAGGCCUUUAUGGCCAACCAGAAGCCCACCUCGGAGGAGAUCAGCCAACUGGCCGAUCGCCUGGGCAUGGAGAAGGAGGUGGUACGUGUCUGGUUCUGCAAUCGCCGGCAGAAGGAGAAACGCAUCAAUCCCUCCCUCGACAGCCCAACGGGUGCCGAUGACGAGGAGUCGCCCUACAUGUUGCACUAGAGGGGAAUUUUGUCGGGUUAUAGUCUUAAAUUGGGACAUAGACAGUGCAAUGGGCGCAGGAUACAAAACGGCGCCCACUUUAACUAACUAAAAGCAGGUUCAAAGUCGCAAACACAUCAAUUUGUAGCUUAAUUCUUCACUAUGAUUCGGUUCCCACAACCAAUCAAACACACCUAGAUACACACACAUACACACACACACACCUACAACCACGUGGUUUGUUUAUGUUAACUAUUAUUGGUAUUUAUUGUAUUUAAUUGUAAUGAAAGUACGUAAAACUCAAAGGGAAAUAGCUCCAAAAAUAGCUGUUCAAAUAAACUCCAAUAUGUACUAAUUCUGAGGUUCAUUUGAACACCAAAAUUUUGAGAGCCUAGAAAAUAAAACAUUUGUCUUGUGUGCAAAUACACGAGAUAAAUGCUUUAAUUUGAAUUUGAAUGUCGCUUGUUCUACACAUGGCGUAUGAUUAAUAUUUAAGUACAGUCUAACCCAAAACGAUUGCCACCCUGUGACUCAAUUGCGCACAGGGUUCGUCGUUUUUUAAAGUCAAGUAAAACAGUUUCUAGCGAAUAAUUUCACAUAAAAAC